GAAAUUAUCCCAGCAUUGUUGUGGAGGCAGCUCGGAGGAGGGGAUGGAGGCAAGCAAGCGAGCAGAGGCGCACCGACGCAGCUACCUGACAGACCCGGCUCCUCUGUGAUGCAGCUGUUUAUGCUGGCUGUGAAAAACCACCCCGACGACUGCUUUUAGAACGGUAACGAGCGAGAAAUCAGUGGCUAUUUGUUAUCUUGCACGUGUUGGGAUCGCGGAGGAAGAGCAGGGAAAGCCAUGUCGCCAGUCUACUCUAGAGAGAGAGUAUACGAUCGCUUUGAUUUUCUAAUUCAGAUUUCCCCGUUUUCCUCGCCGAUGUAGUUUGUGCGUUUGUUUUCUCAACCGUGAUCUGUUUUGUGUAUAUAUUUUUUUAUUUUUUUGCAAUCCUGCCCAGUGUUUUUGUUGUUUUGUUGUGAGCGUGGAAGCACAAUAUCAACUCGGUAAUAAUACAGAAGUGUGCAAGGAGAGGACAGCGUUGGCAUCUAUCCAUGCGCGCUCCACACCGGGCUUUUUGUUAACUGUGACCCCAGCCGAGGUACAACACAUGCUUUCCCUUAUCUAUACUUUCUGUUCUGGUGUAAGUGUUUUCAUGUAAGGGCGCGGUAUUUUGAGGUUAUCUUGGCUAAAAUGCUCGGAAUCUCGGUGUAUUUUGCCGGUUGUCAGUGACGCAACAUCUCACACAGACUGCAUGAGAAAUGCAUGCGUAGAAGGGCGUGAACUUGCAGGCACUAAACCUCCUUCCCAUUAAAAAAGCAUCAUCUUAUCUAUACAGCCAGUUUACUCCGCUUGCAACCCCCUGUCCUUCAUUUAUCUAAACUCAUUCCGGGGACAUAAUGGAUCUCAAAACGGACUCGGAGGACAUGGACUACAAGCGACCGGCUCCCAUUGAAGUUUUCGCCAGCAGGUCCACGCUGCAUGGCAUCUCGCACAUGUUCACAUAUGAGCGGAUGUGUAUCAAGCGCAGCCUGUGGAUUUUGUUCUUCCUGGGUUCCGUGGGUGUGCUGGUGAUGGUGUGUGUGGACCGGGUGCAAUUCUACUUCCAGUACCCCCAUGUCACCAAGCUGGACGAGGUGGCCGCUCCGAUGAUGGUGUUCCCCUCAGUCACCUUCUGCAACCUCAACUCCUUCCGCUUCAGCCGGGUGACGCGCAACGACCUGUACCACGCUGGGGAGCUCCUUGCCUUGCUCAACGGCAGGUAUGAAAUCCGGGACCCACAUCUUGUGGAGGAAAAUGUCUUGCAGAUCCUGAAAGAGAGGGCCGACUUUGACAACUAUAAGCCCCGCCCCUUCAACAUGCGUGAAUUCUACGACCGAACCGGCCACGACAUCAAGGACAUGCUGCUCUCCUGCUUCUACCGAGGCAUGGAUUGCAGUGCUGAAGACUUCAAAGUGGUAAGUCAGGCGUGUCAAUUGUUAAAUGUCCUCUGCAGGGCAGCUGAGGCCUGCCAAGACGAGGUCCAGAUCCCCUUGUUCCCCCUCAGGAUGGGACUGAGAACCAUAAUGUGCAGUGUAACAGACUUACAGGCCAAGAGCCAUCUUAUUAUGGUGAUACACACCAUCUACAAGGCUGCUAUGAGGGCCUGCACGCUGGCGUUAGUACAGUCUCUGAAAGGUUGA